UGCUUAUUUAUAGGAGUAGUUGUACUCGUAAAGUCCUCGUAAAUUAACGAGAAAAUAACAAGGCCCGUAUUUUUGUUGUGAGGAAAUAACAAGUCCUGUGUUUUUGUUGCGAGGAAAUAACAAGGCUCGUAUUUUCAAUUUCAUCGUAAAAUCUUUGUAAUGUUACGAGCAAAUAACAAGACCCGUGUUUUUUUUACGAUGAAUUAGCAAGGUCCGUGUUUUAAUUUACGACGAUUUUACGACGAAAAGUGUUUCAAUUUACAAAAAGAAAACUGAAGGAAGACAUGGGCACUAGAACAAUACUUAUAAAUUCCAAAUAGCAUUUGAAACUGAUCAUAAAUGUUCUAGUGACCGUGCACUGCCUUCAGGUUUUUUUUAAACUACGGAUUAGUUUUUUUUGGGUGCAAGUUUAGAAUGAGAGGGGUGUGCUUAUCAAUAAGAAGGAUGUCAUCAAUUUGUUGUUCAAGUUCCUCGACUUCAUUGAAGUGUUUUUCUUGUAAUGGUUGUUCUUCUCCACCGAUUAUUUGUCUACGAGGUGUAAUUUUGACAACGGCAAACUAAUUGAUUCAUGAUUCUCUCAUCCAAAGGUAUGGAAGGAAGAUGACUUGGUUUGUUUGCUAAGCAAAUAUGAAAGGCUCGACUUUGUUGUACAUUCGUCCAUCAUUGACAUCAACUACACUGAAUUUAUUAAAUCGAAUACCUCGGUUGACGACGGGGUCAAACCAGUCACAUUUGAAGAUGACACAUUUCAGCUUCAAUAACCUUGGGAAUUCCACUUCAAUAAUCUCCUGCAAGUCCCGUAGAAAUAUGUUUCGCCUUUCACACGUAUUCCAUAUUACAUGUCGCCCGAUGUCUACCAUACUUAUAUGUAUGAAAAGUAAAGCCUUGUGUGAAAUACAUAGUUGAUGUGGUGAACUUUGCAAUUGGACCUUGAAUUAAUUCAUGAAACCAUUUGGGUAAUCUAUAUCGUUAUAAUCAACCUGCAAAAAUAAAGAGAACGUUAAAAUUAAUUAAUCAUAAAUUUCGACGCGAAAUAAACGUAAAAUAUUUCGUCGUAAUUUCUUCGUUAUAUUUACGUAUACUUUACGACGAAAUGUUGUUUGCUUGUUAAAACCACGUUAAACUGUGUCGUUUUUACGACAAAUUUUUUUGUCGUUAUUUUACGACGAAAUUACGUUGAUUUAGCUUUUCCUCAUAAGGUUCUCGUAAAUAAUACGUACAUUUACGAGGACUUAUUUUCCUCGUUACAUUUCAUCGCUAAUUUUGUGUUUUCUUGUAGUGAUAAACUAAACUUCCAUAGCUUUUGAUCUGCUUGAUCUGAGAUAGGUUAUUUAGUUGAGUCAUGCAUUAACCCAUUUGAGUAUAUCUCCAGUUUAACUAUGGAAGUUUCUGUGAAAGGAAAUGAAACAAACAUUGGUUCAGUCUGAUAGAUUCAAAGUUUAGGAUUGUAAAUGGUAACCAUGGAAUAAAAUUAAUGGAAUAAAAAUGAAUGAAAUAAAAUGAGUUUGGUUAAAACAAAAAUAUUAAUCAUAUAUAUUCUAAAUCAAAAUUGUAGAGGAAUAUUUAAAAAUAUUUUUCUUUUAAAUUUUUAGAAUGGUUAUAUGGAAUCGAUGAAAUAAUUAUUCUAUUUCAUUCAAAGUAAAUGAUAAAAAAAAUGAAACUAGUAAAAUAAAUCCUUCCACAUCAUUUUAUUUUUAAAUUUACCAAUCAAGUUGCAACCUUAGGUUUACGAACAAACUUAUUUGUAUUACCAAGAGAAGAAAUUAUAUUGAUUCACAUGAAAUAAGUAGGAUCUUAUGCUAUUGGAACAUUUCUUUAGUUGAUAUUUUUUUGAUGUGCAGAUAUGGUAUGAACAUGCUCUUAGCUCGUUGAGGAGAAGAACUAUAAGGGUUGUAUUGGAUGUUGGUUGUGGUGUCGCUAGCUUUUGCGGGUUUUUAUUAGACAAAGAUGUUACUAUGUUUUAAAAAAAAUGAAGCUCAGAUUCAAUGUUUAAAUAUUAUACUAAGCUUACCAUGACUCAGUACUAAUUUUGUAAAUAAAGAAUAUUAAUUUUGAAAAAAAGAAAAUAUCUUCUAAAAAAAAGUACACAAUUUGCCGAGAAAGACCAAAUACAGAAAAAGAAAAUAACGUAUUUAGUUAUGUAUUAGCGAAUAAGUUUUUAUCAUAUAAAAUCAUCGUCACAUUCACUUUUUCAUGUGCAUAUAUCUGUUUAUGUAAUAAUUUGUUGUUGGAAAAUUUUGUCUAUUGACAAGGUACUCUUGAUUUAUUCUUAAUGAAACUGUUUGUGCAAAAUUUUUAUUAAUUUUGAAUAAAGUUGAAAAUACCCAUUGCCAAAAAUGCUAAGUCAACUUAAUAUCAAAACAAACUAGGAAUGUAUAAGCCAUUUUCGGUAAGAUAUAUAUUCUUAACUUUACUAUGAUGUCAAUCCUUAUCUACUACUUCAAUAACUCACAUCCGCAGAAUAACUCUUUAUUUAUUCACCUUCUCUGCAUGCAUUUGAUUUGCCAUAUCAACCAUCAUGUUCUGGAACUGGUUCCAACUACGAAAAAGGCCUCAUGAAGUCGCUCCCGACACGCCGAAAUGGUCGUCGAGACGUUUCUCAUGCUCAUCUUUCAAAGACGUUCACAACCUAUUUAUCCACGACAACGACGUUCCCUCGCCAGAACUUCAAGUCCUUCACCAGCCAAGGAACCCCAAGAUCGACCGUUGCACCUCAAGAACUCCCCGUCUGACGACAAAGACGCUCUUCUCCACCGACCACGGAGGCGUGGUUCUCUACUACACCAGCCUUCGUAUCGUACGCAAAACAUUCGAGGAGUGCAGAGCCGUCCGAGCCAUCCUCCACAGGCUCCGCAUCCCAAUCGACGAGCGAGACUUAACGAUGGACUCAAGGUUUCACGACGAGCUGCAUGCGAUAUUCGGGACCAAGAACGUGGAGUUGCCUAAGGUUUUCAUCGGUGGGAGAUACAUUGGAGGGGCGGAGGAGAUCAAGAAGUUAAAUGAGAGCGGCGAGCUGAGGAAGAUGAUCGGAGAACUACCACCGUCGGAUGGAAGAUUCAGUGAGAACUGUGAGUUAUGCGGAGGAUGGAGGUUCGUUGUUUGCGAGAGAUGUAAUGGUAGCCACAAGAUCUUCUUGGAGGAAACUGGAUUUGUAAAUUGUACGGUUUGCAGUGUGGAAGGUCUUGUUAGGUGUUCCUCUUGUUUUCCGAUACAUCGGACUAUCGGAGACGGAGCUAUGACAUCUCCGGUAGAUUUAAAGUAAAAGCGUUUAAUUAUUAAAAUCAAAAAAAUUUAUUUACCAAUGUUUGAUGGUAAACUAAAGAAAAAAAAAUACAUGUAUCUUUUCUUCCCUUAAAAGAACUAAAGGAGAUAUGAAAUUAUUUUCUUUUCUAAUUUUACUAUGACAUUCCUUCUUUCAAAUAAUUUUAUUUUAAUCUAAAGUGGAGAUUCAGACAUAUUAGUCUUUAAGAAAACUCGAUCAUUUGUAUUCAUAUUCGAUCUAAUGCUUUUCGGUUCACAAAAUUUUGGUUUCGAUGGCAGAAUCAAGUGCGGAGUCAGUGAGGGCUCAUACUAACAUGGAUAACGAUUUUAGAGUGCAAUGAGGAGAUUUACAUUUUUUAAAAGGGAGUGAAUUGUAACAUCCUGAUAAAUGGUAAAAGGAAAAGUUUAAGGGGAUUGAUUUGGCUACUUGUUUCAGCAAAGUGCACUUAUCUUUUCGGGUACACAUCCGUCUAAAACUCCAUAGUUAAGAGUGUUUGGGUUGGAGUCCUAAAAGGAUGAGUGACUUACGCGAUGUGAUUCGCGAUUUCGUGCGUGAGACUAAAACACAGGGAAAUGUCAUGUGGUGUGAUGAUUGCAGAAUCAAUAAACAAUAAUUCGAAUUUUUAGAAAAAUUAACGUACUGACCGUCGGACAGGAUAAAGUUGAGAGACUGAGAGAACGGGCAUGGAAAGUCCAUUAGCUGUAGGCAGUCAUGGGAUACCCAUUUUUUCAAACUCAGUUAAAUAUAUAUAGACAAAGCCUAAAAUCUCAAAAAGAAAAGCAAAUUGUUCAUGUUAACAAAAAAAAAGGGUAAGCCCUCUUUAAGCUUUUCUACUCUUUUCUAUAUGAAAAAAAUAUAAUAUUUAUAUUUUGUUUUUAGAAGAAGAAAAAAAAAACACUCGCUGAUCUCCAGAUCAAGGAUUUUUCUACGGCAAACACUUCCGAAAUAAUUUCAUAUUUUCACUAAUGAAAUCAGUGUUUCCUUAUGGGUCAUAUAAAUCAUAAAGAUUUAUCACUAUUUGGGCAGUCUAGGUUUAGGCUUUGGCUCAAAUGGUUUACAUGGUGGGCCAUAACAGAUGACUGGUCCACCUCCUAACAUUAGUUUGAAGGUAUUACAAACUUGGGUCAGGCAGUGUGAUACAUUUUUGAAUUAGUCCAUUUUGUAACACUAAGUGCGUUUUUCCCAGAAUUGAGUGGAUCAGCCGAUAGGACUUAUCGGAAAAAAAUCAUAAUGAUCAUUUCGAUAGAUAGCCUAUAAUUUGAAUGAAAAAUUAAGUAAAUGAUUGUAGUGGGAAAAAUAUAAAGACAAUGUUUUCUGAUAAAUAAAUCUCUCAUAUAACUUUACUAUUCGGUGAAUUUGAAACAUCCGUCGAGAACAAAAAGAAAAAACUAUAUAUAUUAUUACGAAAAUAACAACUUGCUCUCCAUGUGUCUAUUUGAAUUGAGUUAAUACUCCCAAAAAAAUUUGAAAUUAUAUUUAUACGCAUCGAAUACAUGAAUUGAAAUUCUCAUCUUUUAAAUUCGACAAGCAACCUACAUUCCACGAAAUUGCCCUCUCCCGAGACGAGGUCCAAACUUUAUUCGUUUCUAUUAUUAAAUAAAUUCAAAACGACUUUUGUCCUCCUGCUAAUAUAAUAAUGCCAGACCAAAAGACGAUACAAUGAUGACUAAGAAUAAAUAUAUUGGCUCCGAAUGGUAACAGCGGAUUGAACAAUGCGGGAUAAGCGGUUUGACUGCAGUGUGGUUCUGACAGUUAUAAAAACGUAUAGAUAUAUAGUAUAUAUAGAGAUUUUUGUUACUGUUAACUGCGGUGCGGUGCGGGACGGAUGUUACCAUUCGAAGCUGUGAAAUUGUGGUUUCAAUACCUAAACUAUUGGGCCAUACUGAUUGAUUACUUAGCUGCAGUGGCUGUUUCAUGCAAACCCAUGCAUAAUACGUACAAAUCCCAUAUAGUAUUAUAUUCCUCUCCUCCAACUUAUUCUUUCCCAUAAAAUAUUUCCCGUUCACACAUCGUCUGAUUAUAAAUAAUAUGUAUUGACACACAUUAUUUAAAGUAAAAUGCUGUAUAAACUACUGCAAUUUAUAUAUUGUUACUCUGUGUUAGAAAAAGAACUCUCUCUCUCUCAACUCUCUCCACUAAAAGCUUGAAACCCUAACUCCGGUCCGGCGCUCGCCGGUACCGGAGGUCGUCCUUCUCAACCCUUUCUCCUUUUCCUUUUGCCUUUCCUUUCUUCUGUUUGACUUCUCCAUGGCCGAUAUGCAUGUUGUUCUGAGUCUGUCGGUGCUGCGUCGAGUUUCAAUCGAACAAAGAUGGGUUCAAUAGGCGUUUUUUGGAAAAACGGCGAGGCUACGGAGCAACAGAGGUGGAAAGGUCGGCUUUUAGGGCUGGAUUGAGAACCAGAUCUGGGUUUUCCUUUUUCCAGAUCUAGGGCUUCUCUUCCUCGGCAGCGGCGCGUGACUCAGUGGGGAGCAUCUUCCGCCUCGUUUUCACCUUCCUGCGACAGUGAGAGGCCGGAGGAUCGACGUGACGGCAGCUGAAGAUGGUCAUGUUUCUCGGUUCUCGGGAACAGCGUGACGCAGAGCCUUGUUUUGUCAGAGUGGUCAGCUGAUGAAGCGAGUUCUGUAGCUGGUUCGCGGUGAGGCUCAGCUUCCCAUUGUCGGCGGCGGUUCCUCCACCUUGUCGACAGCGGAGCCCACACCAUUGGAAGCUUGAAGACUGUACCAGUUUCGAUGCUUCCGCCAAGGCCCGACUUUUAUUUUUCCCAGCACGGAUUGUUUCCGUUGGCUGGCGAUGGAGUGAGGCAUGGUCGCUGGUGAAGCUACUCCGGUCAAGAAUGCAUCGCUUCGGUGUUGAGGUGUUGGUCCGAGUACUGAACUCAUAUCUCUUGGUGACUGGCACUUGGUUUUAUUAGGUUAAUCUUGAUUAGGAAUAGCUAAUAUCCGGGCUUAUGUUUUUCACUGGUGUGGUAGAAUGUUAGGGGUUGAAGAGACAGCUCUUUGUCUGUGACAGAGCUUGUUCUCACUGGGUUUAAUUACAUCAAAGUAUAAAAUUCGGUAGUCUAUGAUCCAAUCUAGUGAUCUUUUGAUGGUACUGAAUCACUUUGUAUGUAAAAGUGGUUGAAAUCCUUGUGGUUAAAAAUCAUGUAAUCCCCCAAUUGGUAAAUGAAAA